CAAUGGUUUUCUAUUUUUACUUGAAAAUUAAUAUUUAGUUCCUGGUACUUGUAUGAUUCGAUUUUAUACGUUGAAUAUUAAACUCGCCGGCACCAGAAAAAUCAAAAAAAGCGUAACAAUGAAACAUUAUAUUUAUUUUAUGUUUAUACAACUGAUAUUCAAAAUUAAUUCGGAUUUUGUCGAAUCUGCCAAUGUUAAUAUACUAUCGACUUCUCCAAUUGGUCCAUUCAAGAUGGUCUUCAAACGUAUUUACAGUUGCAAUCCUACGAAGAACAAUAAAAUUCAGCAUAACUUUUAUUUAAGUCACAGGGAUAAUACAACAUUUGUUCUUGGAAAUACAACCAGUGAUAUACCGCUUGACGACACUUUAUCUUUGGAAAUAAAACUGGCUAACAAAGAUUCAUUCGGAAAUUGGAAUGAAAAUGCGUUUAUGCAUAAAUCACCAAAUGCAUGUUCAGCUCUAAAAAAAUUAUACGGCAUCGCGUGGAAUAAAAUUAUACUUAGUUUAGGAUUCAAAACUAUCAAUUGUCCUAUACUUCCGGGUUUUUAUUUAAGUCCAGGCUUGGAUACUUCAGUAUUAAAAGACACUAAUAUGCCAAAAGCAUUUUUGUAUGGGACAUACAAAUCUUACAUUUAUUAUACACGCCAAAAUGAAAUAUUUGGCUGUGUAGCUAUGUUUUGGAGUUAAAACGUCCUUGAAAUCUGUUAUAUAUUAACUUUCUUUAGAAUUGUUUAUUAAAUAUCUGUGUUAAUA